AUGGCGAUACUCACUGACGAUGCCGGCGAAACGUUUGGGAAAGUACCAUGUCUACGGUUCAACUUUGGAAAUGAUCAUGCGGACAAUGGACCCCGGACUAGAUUUUACAACACUUCACAAGCCUGCCGACGCUACACGAGGAGGUUGAAAAACUGGAUUGCUCGGGAGUCUAGCCUCAAAUGCGGUAACUCCAUCGGAUAUGGUUUUCUCACCGUGACUUUGAUCAAUCUUUGCGCUUGUUUUGGACUAGUAUUUUUAUCUCUGCAAGGUCUUCGCUACUAUGAUCUGUUUCUCUCCGUCAUGGUGGCCGUUGCCAUCGGAGCUCUUGUUUCCAGUGCUCUGAUUGUUCUAAUCCCUGAAUGCCUUCAUUUUGAUUUGUCACACUGCUCCGUUCGAGUUGAGCUUUAA